AGGCGAACGGGAAGGAAUGGCGAGAAAUGGACCAUAAGAACGCAUACGGCGUUGUUUCCAACGGACGCCUACGGCACAAUUGAAUUUCAAGGUGGCCCUCAUCCAUAUAAGGCGCAGUUUCUCAGGUUGACUGUAGAAACAGAUCCAGCUGAUAUUAUGACCUUAUUCGAGACAGUAUGGAAUGUGCCACCUCCAAAAUUGAUCAUAACAGUGCAUGGCGGGAUGACCGAUUUUGAGUUUUUUUUUUUUCAAAUAAAAGAAUAUUUUGUUGAUUUUAGCUUACAACCAAAAUUGGCACGUGUAUUUCGAAAAGGGUUACUCAAAGCUGCAAAAACUACGGGUGCAUGGAUUAUUACUGCGGGUAAUUAUUUUAUUUUCCAACUUCAACCUUAUCUAAUUUGUGGUAUCAACGCGGGUGUGGUGCGCCAAGUUGCGGCAGCAAUUGAUGGUUCAAGUACGGCAUCUCGUGUUCGUUCCAAAAUCGUCACUAUUGGAAUUGCCCCGUGGGGCUUACUGAAGAAAAGAGAUAAUCUUCUGGGGCAG